AUGGAAGCACUUCAGACACAAGAAGCUCUCUCUAAAGUUGCUAAGGAUGCAAUUGACGAAAUCAUCAGAAAGAUUCUUGAUUCAUUCAGAGAUGAUGAUUCAGAGAAAGUCAUCAAAGAACUUUCACUUGCUGCAAUGGCAGGACUUGCAAAAGACGAUCCAUUAUUUGCCAAGCUUGCAGAAGAAUCAUCCGAAAAAGCAGCAGAAAUUCUUGCAGAGCUUCAGAAACAAAAGAUCUUGGAAUCAGAUCCAAACCACGAAUUCACUUCAGAAGAGGAAGAAAAGAUCAAAGAAAACGCUAAAGAUCUUGUCAAAGAACUUCUCUCUCAACUUCAAGAAGAUAUCAAAUCUGGAAAAGAUCCAGAUAAGAUUUCUCAAGCUGCUUCUGAACUUCUUGCAAAGAAGAUCGAAGAUUACUACAAUAGCAAGGAAGAGGAAGAUCCAGAAAUUCGUUCAAGAGAAAUCGACCAUGAUGACUUGAAUGAAUUUAUCAAUGAUCAACUUGAAGUUCCACAAGAAUUAGUUGGCCAAAUCAAAGAAAUCAACGAAGGAAAUGAAAAACCAUCAGAUGAGAAAGUCGAAAAACUUGCAGAUGGAAUUGCAUCUCAUGUUUACGAUUCACAAAUUGGUCCACAAGUUGAAGAUAUUGAAGAAAGAGAAAAGUUAGAGAAAGAAAGAUUAGAAAAUGAGAGAAAAUUGGAAGAAGAAAGAUUAGAAAAAGAAAAGCAAUUAGAAGAAGAAAGAUUAGAAAAAGAGAGACAAUUAGAACAAGAGAGAUUAGAGAGAGAAAGAAAACUUGAAGAAGAAAGAUUAGAAAGAGAAAAGAAAUUAGAAGAAGAAAGAUUGGAGAAAGAGGGAUUAGAGGAAGAAAAGAAGCUCCAAGAAGAAAAAGAAAAGAGAGAAAGAGAACUCAAAGAGAAAGAAGAAAAAGAAACACUUGAUUUAUUAUCAGGAAUGGCAAAGAAAGUUAUUGAUGAUAUGGUUGAAGAUAUCCUUGAUAAAAUGCAAGAAGAAGAGAACGAAGCAAUUUUCGGAGCUCUUUCACAAACAUUGGAAGGAUGUUUACCAAACUUGAUGAGCAAUUGCAAGUCAAUUCUUUCCAACUCGUUCCAAUCUUUGGUCAACAAGACAAUCGAUGCUUCUAAAGACAUCAUCAAUGAAUUAUCUGAUGGUGUCGAAAAAGAAGAAGAUAAAAACGCUGUUGCUGCAGCUGUUAGAGAAUUGAUGCUAUUUGCUGUCAGAGACGCAAACAGUAUCAUUACAAACGAAGUGGAAGGAGAUACAGAGCAAAUGGUAACAGAAGAUGUCAAUGGUGCACCUCUUAAGUGUGUAUUAGACGAUCCUCAAAAAUUGUUAGAGAAUUAUGAUUCAAAGGACAACAAUUAUUACGUCAACGCUCUAAAUGAUGUAAUAACUCAUGAAACAAGGUUAUCAAUAAGAGACAUUGCCGAAAAUGUCUUCACAGCUGUCAGUGGAGAAUCAAAACCACUUGAAGAAGGAUCAGACGCGUUUGAAGCGAAUAUGGACUUAUCAAUGUUCGAAGAAGGACUUAAUAAGAACCAUGAAUUCGCUCUUGCUGUUGCGAAGAACGCCGUUUUAUCAGCAUUGCCUGCAAUUUUGGAUACAAAAAAAGAUUUUGAGCGCCUCCGUGAAUUGCCACGGGAGGAGAUCUUCAACGCCUCUAGGCACCCGAAGCGUGCCAGUAGGUUGAUCUCCUUCGGUCUUAACAGAGUCUCAUUGGAAAGAGACAAACAGACAGAGGAUACUACAAUCAAGCAGUUGAAAGACGACUUCAAGAAGGUCUCUCUCGAAUCAUGCAUCGAGAGAAUGGCCUCUCCUGAAGAAGUUGCAACAGCUGCAACAGAAGUAUCCUCCGCCGGGGCGCUUGUUAUCUUAGGAAAAGUUGAUAAAAAUGAUGAAAGAUUUACAUCUGAUGCUUGCAAAUCGAUGUCACCAGUCUUAAUUAAAGCUGUCUUAUCUAAUUCAGGACUUGCUGACAUUGAUACAGUUCUUCAAGAAGCUAAAGACGCAAUCAAUAACUGUGCACAUGAAAAGAUGGCAGAAAUCAUUGCAGAUUCACUUGCACAAUCUUCUCUUGUAACUAUCCAGGCUGAAGAAAACCUCGCAGCUUGCAGAGAAAGAGAAAUUAAGAAUCUUCGCGAAGCAGAUAUGGAAAUUCGUCGUAAUUUGCCUGAUGUCACUGUUGAACCAAGAAUUAACUCUCAUGAUGAUCCAGUCAAUGUUCUUGCCAAAUUUGCAGUUGCAUCUGCAGUUAAUGGAGCUCUUAAUGAACUGAUUGCUAUGGACUAUCAAAAGCAAAUCAGAUCACAAAGAGAAAAACUCGACAAAAUCAGAAUGGCUGAAGAAGAAGAAAUCUGCAAAUCUAGAGAUGAUAAAAUUGAAUCAAUCGAAAAUUAUCGUGAUGAACAAAUCAAGAUGAUUGAUGAUCUUCUUAAACAAGAAGAAGAUCGAAUCAUGAAAGAAGCAGAAAGAAGAAAGAACGAAGACGUCAAAGCUGCUAUGGCAAAGAAGCAGAUGGAACAAAAGAAGAGAGAAGAGGAAGAAAAGAGAAAGAGGGAAGAAGAAAAGCGAAAGAGAGAAGAAGAAGAGAAAAAGAAGCGAGAAGAUGAAAGGAAGAAAGAAGAGGAAAGAAUCAAAGAAGAACAAAGAAUCAAAGCUGAAGAAGAAGAAAAGAUGAGAAAACAAAGAGAAGAAGAAGAAAAACUUAUCAAAGAAAAAGAAUUGGAACUUCAGAAACAAAAUGAAGAAGAAGAUAGUGAUAUUUUCGUAGCAGAAUCAACGAAAUCUCGCGAUAUUGAUUUCAACGCUGAGGAAGAAGAAAAAGUUGUUGAAGGCAAAGUCGAAGAAGAUUUGGCCAACGUCAACAACACCUCAGCUAAUGAAACAAAGAAUGAAGAAACAGAAAACAAAGAAGAACAGCCAGAAGAAAAGCAUCGCAGAAGACGUCGUAGAAGAGAAAGACCUCAUCCAGUUAAUCCUGAAGAAGAAGAGGAAGAUUCAUUUGAAUACGACUUCCCAUCUGAUGCUGAUGUUUUAAUUGAUGAAAAUGACCGUAAAUAUAUGCGUCAAGAACAAAUCAAGAAGAACUUAAAGAUGAAGGCAGGUUCAGUGGCAGCAGUUGUUGGAGCGUCAGCUGCUGUUGCUGGUUCUAUUUUCUACUUCAUGAAGAAAUUUAUCAAAUAA